UAAGCAACAUGCAUGGCACUCUUGCAGCACAACUCUUUAAUUGCACCUGACUACAAACUGUGGGAAUGAGAACCGCAAAUAUUCAAACACGAGCUCUUGGGAAAAAGUGUAUGACUUGCACUUGAAGAGCUGCUGGAUUUGGACCGAAAGACCGUGAGUUGUUGUAAACAAAUGUGAUCUUUCAAGCAGGAUUGUGUGCAGGACUGUUUUUGAAGCCCAGGAUUAAAUCAGACGGAGGGAACUUCAUCUGAACUGUGGAAGUACUAAUACUGUGCAGCCUUUGCAGUAAGUGCACUUUAAAAUCUGACUUUUAAGGGACAUAUCUGAACUGUUCAUGACAAUGCCGGUGGUCAAAGUGGAGAAAGGCUCUCCAGCAGACACACAAUCGUCUGCGUCCAACACUCAGCAGCAGACAGAGGAUCAGCCCAGAGGUCGGAGGAGGAAGAGACCUCUGCAGCGAGGGAAGCCUCCUUACAGCUACAUCGCACUCAUUUCCAUGGCCAUAGCCAACUCCCCUGACCGCAAGCUGACUUUGGGGGGCAUCUACAAAUUCAUCACAGAGCGCUUCCCCUUCUACAGAGACAAUUCAAAGAAAUGGCAGAACUCCAUCCGCCAUAACUUGACUCUCAAUGAUUGCUUUAUCAAGAUCCCCCGAGAGCCGGGGCGGCCAGGGAAGGGCAACUACUGGGCCUUGGACCCCAACGCUGAGGACAUGUUCGAGAGCGGCAGCUUCCUAAGGCGCAGGAAGAGGUUUAAGCGCUGUGACAUGAACACUUACACCUCAUAUGUGCAUGAGACACCCGUUUUCUCUCCUGUGCAGAUUGCCAGAUCAGCCUCAUAUUCCAACUCUGUCUACAACAACAUGACAGUCAGUCCGGCGUACGGGCAGCAGCUGCACUCUGCCUAUUACCCCUCUGCAUCUCCUCCUGGGUUUGGACCUGGCCAACACCGCACGUUCAGCAUCAACCACCUCAUAGGACACCAGAGUCCAGCCAGCAUGCUCGCAGGUCAGGGGUCAGAGGUGAUGCAGCAGUCCAGCCGCAGCUUCAGUCCAGAGGGUCUGCCAAAUGGGUCUAGUCACUGCGGCCUGGGAGCAGCGGCUUUUCAGAGUCAAGCGUGCGGAGGGGCUGUAUCAUCACGCUCCUCUACCCACCCGGGGUUCACCUACUCCGGGCCAAACGGCCACCAACACACACACCAGGCAGCGUAUGCACAGGGCCACAGCCAGGGGUACGCAGCGCCUGGACGCCUCCACUCCUCAGCUCACGGGUCUGUGGAGGCCGUGGACCAUUACGGCAGGGUGUCCCCCGUUCAGCUGGGCUCUUUCUCGCAGUAUAACAGUGCUGCAGGGCCUAUUGCUAACACUGGGGGUUACCUGAGACACCCAACAUAUCCAGGGAAUAUGGACAGGUUUGUGUCUGCUAUCUGAGCCACUAAAACCCUCAGAGACUUGAGACGGCACCCAGUGAGCCAGACAUAAUGCGCACAAUCGUGAUGGUUUCUCUCUUUGUUAAUGACCUUUGUUAAGGGCAAAAUUGAAAAGACUGAUUAACCUCACCUUACAGAACUGUGAUUUAUUACAUUAACCCAACACCCCAUUUUCCAUUGAUGAUAAUUGACUUUAAAUUACUAGAUGCUAUAAAUGUGGAUUUAAAUGUCAAGGCUUCUACGCAGCAUGUGAGUGUAAAGUGUAUCUAAUGUCAAGUGUGGUUGAAAAGCUUAUUUUUAUGUCAUGAAUUGAAUGUGCAAGUUUAAUAUUUACAUUAAUGCUGAGACAUGACAGACUCUGAAAUAUCAGUAUAAAUUAUUUUUGCUUCAUGGUCAUUGGCUUAGCAAUAAGUGAGCUUUAGUACAUUUGCAUGUAUUUUGUUGCCAAAUGAAAAUGCAUAUUAGGUUGCCUUUUUGGAAAUAAAAGAAUUAUAUAGCA